AUGGUAGAAGUGUUAGAAAAAAAAGAAAAUCGGAAAAAAAAUAACUGGAUAAAUGAAUUAAUUGAUCUUGAAAAUCCAGCACCUGUUGAAACAUAUGAUCCUGAAGACAUUAUUGAUGAGAGUCAUUUUUUCGAGAGUUCUUCAGAUUCUAGUGAUAUAUAUACAGGUCGUGAACAUUAUUUAACAGUAGGAAAGAGUAAAAUAAGAGAUGAUGGUAUAGUUUUGCAAGAUAAGAAGUAUUUUGGAAAAAAAACAAAUUUAAAAGAUUUGUAUGAUGAUUAUGAUAUGUUGGAAGAUAAAACAAAUAAAUAUAAAGAUUUUUCAGAAGAUGAUGAGAUUUUGAGCUCGUUAUCCAUAGAUAAUGAUGAAACGUAUUCUAAUAUGGAUUUUGAUGAAUUUUCUGAUAUUGCUGAUGAUGCUGAAAAAAAGAGACGUGAAGAACUAAAAUCUUUUAUUGAAAAUGAACAAAAGGAUUUAGUCCAAGAAAUAGCAAAAACAAAUCAAAUAGAGAUUGAAAAAGGAAAACACAUUCAAGCACAAUUAAAAAUUUAUGAUUGUCUUCUUGAUGCGCGUAUAAGGUUGCAAAAGGCUCUUGUGUCUGCAAAUUCUCUUACUAUAAAUCAUAAAAUUAAUGAAUUGGAUGGAAAUAAAUUAUUUAUAGAAGAUGCAGAAAAUGAGUCUAUUUUAUUAAUUAAUUUUUUAACAGAUAUACGAAAAACAUUAAUCGAAGCAGAAAAAAUUAAUGUUGAUGAUUCUGCUUUAAAACAAGAAAAUUAUCUUAAUAAUCUUUCACUUGACUUUUUUUAUAACGAUAUUUUAAAUUUAGAUAAACAGAUUUUAACAUGGCAAAAUGAAACUUUACUUAAAUGGUCUGACAAAGUAAAAACUGCAUCUUCUUUUUCUUUAAAUAAAUUUAACUCAUUUCAUCAAAAUGUUUUGGAUUUAAUUCAAGAAAAUAUCAGAAAUAAAGAAAAAUUCUUAGAAAAAACUUAUGUUGACAAAAGUGAAAAAAAUGAACCAAAAAAUAAAGAGAGAUUUGAUGAUACUGAUUUUUAUCAAGCAUUAUUAUUAGACUUAAUUGACAGACGAAUGGUAGACUCAGGAAAUACACGAGGAAUACGUUGGUCGAUAUUGAAACAAAAAAAACAAAAAAACAAUGUAGAUACUAAAGCAUCAAAGGGACGUAGAUUACGAUAUCAUGUACAUGAUAAAUUGCAAAAUUUUAUGGCGCCGAAUCCUAUUAGUUUAUGGAGUGAUGAACAGACAGAUAAAUUAUUUUCAAGUCUUUUUGGGCAAACAUCUUCAAAUAACCUUACACAUGUUUCGAAUCAAAAUGAUAUUAUUAAUACUUCAUUAGAUCUUAAAUGUUUUAGUUAA